GAACUAGGCCUCGACAUCACUGACGAGCAGAUCGAAGAACUAGAAGGUGCUAUUCAUGACAUAGAUUUCAAGUCAGCAGCUGAGCAUGAGAGGAAAGUGCGUCAUGACGUCAUGGCCCAUGUCCACACGUUGGCAGAGAGAUGCCCUAAAGCCGCUCCUAUCAUCCACCUUGGAGCCACCUCCUGCUACGUUGCCUACUUACGAGUUUUAGACAAGCGCGUUGCUGAAUUAGCUGGUUUUGACAAGAGAUACAUAGUGACUGGUCAAACGUAUUCUAGGAAAGUUGACUUGGAAGUGAUUGCUGCUCUAUCAGGGCUAGGAGCUACAGUACACAAAAUGUGUUCAGAUAUCCGUAUUUUGGCGUCUCGCAAGGAAAUCGAGGAGCCGUUUGAAGCAUCCCAAAUUGGAUCAAGCGCUAUGCCGUACAAACGGAAUCCUAUGAGAUCUGAACGCUGCUGUGCUUUAGCGCGUCAUUUGAUUACGCUUCAUGCUAACGCAGCCAACACUCAUGCGGUGCAAUGGUUGGAACGCACUCUGGAUGAUUCUGCUAACCGUCGCCUCACACUCGCCGAAGCAUUCUUAACUGCUGAUGCUACCCUACUUACUCUUCUCAACGUAUGCCAAGGGUUGGUCGUGUACCCGAAGGUUAUCGCGCGUCACAUCGCCCAAGAGCUGCCAUUCAUGGCCACUGAGAACAUCAUCAUGGCGAUGGUGCAGGCUGGUGGUGAUCGUCAAGUGUGCCAUGAGAAAAUCAGGGUUUUGUCUCAUGAAGCUGGAGCCCAGGUAAAGCAGCACGGUAAAGAUAAUGAUUUGAUUGACCGUGUUAAGAAAGACAGUUAUUUCGCACCCAUUAUUUCCCAAUUGGAUGCCAUUUUGGACGCGUCUACAUUCAUAGGCCGAGCUACUGAGCAAGUGACGGAAUUUAUCGAAGAGGAAGUUGAGCCUGUGGUAUACAAGUACAAAGACGCUUUAGCUGAAGUUGAAAAACCAGUUGCUUUGAAUAUUUAAAAAUAUUUAAUCAUUUCGUUGACAUUGUUUUAAGCUUAUGACAUGUAUUAUUUUAAUUCAAUAUGAUUGCUUGAAAAUGAAAUAACAAUUAAUUCAAUAAAUUGAUAUAUUUACAA